UGAUGACGACACUUCCGCGGGCAGCAGCUAAGAUGGCGAGCCGCGCGCUGUUGGUGGCGCGAGGAGGGUUCGACGGCGUUGCCGGCCUGCGUGGCUGCCUGUCUCAUUACCUGCAAGGUGCUCUAUUCACGCCGCCUUUGCCCUGCACAGCUUUCUAUGGGCAAACUUUCCUAGUGCGAAGUUUUGCAGUCGAAGCCAAAAAAGUAUACUUACGGGACAAGCCGCACGUCAACGUUGGGACCAUUGGGCACGUGGACCAUGGCAAGACCACGUUAACGGCAGCCAUCACCAAAAUUCUGGCAGAGGCUGGAAGUGCUCAAUUCAAGAAAUAUGAAGAGAUUGAUAACGCUCCGGAAGAGAAGGCACGUGGCAUCACCAUCAACGCCUCCCAUGUUGAAUAUACAACAGCUAACCGCCAUUAUGCGCAUACAGAUUGCCCCGGGCAUGCUGAUUAUGUCAAGAACAUGAUCACAGGGACAGCACCAUUGGAUGGCUGUAUCUUGGUGGUGGCUGCAACUGACGGACAGAUGCCGCAGACGAGGGAGCACCUUCUCCUUGCUAAACAGAUAGGAGUGAAGCACGUGGUAGUGUACAUCAACAAGGCCGACGCAGUAGAUGAUCCAGAGAUGGUGGAGUUGGUGGAGUUGGAGAUCCGUGAGCUGCUGACAGAGUUUGGCUAUAACGGGGAGACGACUCCUGUUGUUGUAGGCUCGGCUCUCUGUGCUUUGGAGCACCGAAACCCAGAGCUGGGCUUGAACUCAAUCAUGAAGCUGCUGGACGCAGUUGAUACAUACAUUCCUCUACCCCAGCGUGAGCUUGACAAACCGUUCUUGCUUCCCAUAGAGCACGUCUACUCCAUCCCAGGCCGGGGCACUGUGGUGACAGGUACCCUUGAACGUGGCAUUAUCAAGAAAGGAGACGACUGUGAAUUUUUGGGUCACAGCCGGAACACUCGCUCUGUGGUGACUGGGGUUGAGAUGUUCCACAAACAGUUGGAUCGGGCAGAGGCUGGUGACAAUUUGGGCGCUUUGGUGCGGGGGCUGAAGCGAGAGGACAUACGACGGGGGAUGGUCAUGUGCAAGCCAGGCUCCAUCCAGCCCCACCAGAAGGUUGAGGCUCAGAUUUAUGUUCUGAGCAAAGAAGAAGGUGGCCGCCAUAAGCCUUUUCUGUCAAACUUUACACCUGUCAUGUUUUCUCUGACCUGGGACAUGGCCUGCCGUGUAGAAUUGCCUUCAGGGAAGGAGUUAGUGAUGCCAGGAGAGGACACCUCUCUUGUUCUGAUACUGCGACAGCCCAUGGUCUUGGAGCAGGGACAACGGUUCACAUUGCGGGAUGGACACAAAACCAUCGGCACUGGAGUGGUCACAAAGACACUGCCCCUCACUCCAGGAGACGAAGAGAAGUGGGCAAAUUAAGAAGUCAUAUCCUUCAGAAACUUGGGAGGCUGUUUCCAUCCACCCGACAGGUAGACUGAGAGAAACCUGGGGUUAAAACUGUUGCGUAAAGGAGGGUAGUUGCUGUAGGCAUCAAAAUAUUGUGGGCAACUUUCCAGAGAAUUCUUCUGGUGAAACUAUCCAAUCUAAACUACUCUGCAAGCUGUUAGCCCUCCAGCCUUGGCAGGAGGGAGAGGGCACUUACCUAACAUGUUCUGCUCAUUUCAUGGGAGUGUUUGGUGGGAGGGGGGGGAGUUGGUUAAAUAAAAGACUUCAAAGCGGA